AUGGCGGAGCGGAGAAUCACCUAUGCUCCCGACAUAGAGAAUAGCGACCAUGGUGCUAGCCUCGAUGAGUAUGCCGCUCUCAACCGUUAUAUCUCGACCGCUCGCGACAAGCGCCGUGGCUCGACCUCGUCUGCUAGUGCUAUGAGCACCAAGAAGCCCAAGAGGAGCUGGCAACUCUGGAAGAAGGGAGGCGAUGGCAUUGAGGAAGGCUUCCGCACUGGCUGGAACGAACUGGCUACUGAGAAGACCAACUUCUUCGUUCAGUUCAUUGGUUACUUCCGUGGUCCUAUUCUCCAUGUUAUGGAACUUACUGUUUUGCUUGCCGCUGGUUUAUAA